UCUCGCGCCAAGUGUAAGCGAAGCUAGUUAUCUACUACAUCAUUGCAUUCAUACUUCAUUGCUUUUAUACACACGCGCACGUACAGCUUUGUUAUCAAAAAUUUAUUAAUAAACUUAUGAUUACCGAAUGUUUUAGUCCUGUCGUUGGUAGUUAUGUGGGGAUACACCACAUGGAUCUUCACACCGGAAAUUCUCGACAUUAUAUCGCCUAUGAACGAAUCUCGCCCGCGGGUGCAACCCGUUAAUACUAACAUCUUUGGCGAGCGAUACUUUUAUCUGAUGCGAACCCAUACGUGUCUUGCGAUUACCAUUGUACCUGUGGUUUAUGUCGCCGGUUUCGUUGUAUUUCUAACACUCGUGCAACACGCUUGCGGAAUGUGCAAGUUGCUGGGGUAUCGCGCGGAACGCUUAUUUUGUGUUAUCGAAGACAAGGCAACACGUGAUUUAAUGAUAAUACAUAAGUCACAAAUAAAUUACAGAAACAUAGCCGCUUUUGUACGGCAGCAUUACAACCUUAUACAGUUCGUAUUUUUAUUUAAUUUACUCGAUAUCUAAUGUGUAAGCAUUAAUAUUGUUCACAAGUAAUAUACAUAACAAAGCAGAUUAACAUUGUGCUUUGUAAGGAAAAUUUAAGGGUAACAAUGAUGAUAACUAAACAGUUAUCUCAGAAAAUAUACAGAUAAUGUG